CAGUCAAAAACACCUGCUACUUUCUCACCUGUGGUGGUCCAGCCAAUCAGCUGCUGAAUUUGAGUUCCGUCGCCUUUUUGGAAAAGGGGGAGGGGCUAAGCUCAGGGGUUAAAGGUGAGCCAGGUUGUCUAGUUUUUAAACCCCCACCUCUCCCCCUGUUCUCUCUCUCUCUCUCGCUGUCUCUCUCUCUCCACACAGACAGACACAAUGCGCGAUUUCGUUCUCAAGUGUGUGUUCGUGGUUUUGCUACUGAAUUCUCCCACAGUAAUUACUGAGGAUGGAGGACCCGACAGCACCCCCUCUUGGCUGAAGGACGUCACUGCAGUAGAUCAAUUUUUAGAAGAACCAGAUGUGGCCGUCAUAGGAUUCUUCAAGGACUCAGAGGCUCUUGGCUUUACUGAUUUCGUGACUGUCUCCUCUGACCUCUCACCCCUGACCUUUGCCCUCUGCAGUGACCCCGCAACCUGGGAGAAAUACCACAUCAACACGAGCACAGUGUCCGUCUUCAGAAAGACAGACAGCCGACAUGAAGCUCUGGAGUUGAGAGAGGACAGGAAAGUGGAUUCCGACACGAUGGCGAGAUUCAUUAGGAUCAACGAACUGCACUAUCUGACAGAGUACAGCGAUGUGACUGCCAUCGGCAUUUUCCAGUCCGCGGUCUCCACUCACCUGCUCCUCUUCACUGACCAGCGAUCGAAAAACUGCACUGCACUGCAGAGAAAUAUCAGGGAGCUGGCUCCAGAAUACAGAGGGAAGGUGCUGUUCGUUCUGGUGGACGUCUCGCUCGUCUCGAACGCUCGUGUGCUCCGCUACUUCGGCCUGGAGUCACGUGACACGCCCGCCGUGGGACUGUACAGCACCGAGAACGACAGGAAGUGGCUGCUGCCAGAGGGGGAAGUGACAUCGGAGCGUGUGAGAGAGUUCUGUGACUCCGCCCUCAGAGGAGAACUGAAGACUGAAGAUCCUAAAACCGAAGGAAAAGAAGCAAAAUCUGAACUCUAGAAAAUAUUCAUAUUUAACAGCAGAGUCCGGUCGUCCCCCUGUCCCUGUCUCUCCCGUCGUCCCCCUGUCCCUGUCUCUCAUGGUCUCCUGUCUGUCUCCUCUCUAAACUAACAGCAGUGUCCCGUCGUCCCCCUGUCCCUGUCUCUCAUGGUCUCCUGUCUGUCUCCUCUCUAAACUAACAGCAGUGUCCCGUCGUCCCCCUGUCCCUGUCUCUCAUGGUCUCCUGUCUGUCUCCUCUCUAAACUAACAGCAGUGUCCCGUCGUCCCCCUGUCCCUGUCUCUCAUGGUCUCCUGUCUGUCUCCUCUCUAAACUAACAGCAGUGUCCCGUCGUCCCCCUGUCCCUGUCUCUCAUGGUCUCCUGUCUGUCUCCUCUCUAAACUAACAGCAGAGUCCCGUCGUCCCCCUGUCCCUGUCUCUCAUGGUCUCCUGUCUGUCUCCUCUCUAAACUAACAGCAGUGUCCCGUCGUCCCCCUGUCCCUGUCUCUCAUGGUCUCCUGUCUGUCUCCUCUCUAAACUAACAGCAGUGUCCCGUCGUCCCCCUGUCCCUGUCUCUCAUGGUCUCCUGUCUGUCUCCUCUCUAAACUAACAGCAGUGUCCCGUCGUCCCCCUGUCCCUGUCUCUCAUGGUCUCCUGUCUGUCUCCUCUCUAAACUAACAGCAGUGUCCCGUCGUCCCCCUGUCCCUGUCUCUCAUGGUCUCCUGUCUGUCUCCUCUCUAAACUAACAGCAGUGUCCCGUCGUCCCCCUGUCCCUGUCUCUCAUGGUCUCCUGUCUGUCUCCUCUCUAAACUAACAGCAGUGUCCCGUCGUCCCCCUGUCCCUGUCUCUCAUGGUCUCCUGUCUGUCUCCUCUCUAAACUAACAGCAGUGUCCCGUCGUCCCCCUGUCCGUGUCUCUCAUGGUCUCCUGUCUGUCUCCUCUCUAAACUAACAGCAGUGUCCCGUCGUCCCCCUGUCCAUGUCUCUCAUGGUCUCCUGUCUGUCUCCUCUCUAAACUAACAGCAGUGUCCCGUCGUCCCCCUGUCUCUGUCUCUCAUGGUCUCCUGUCUGUCUCCUCUCUAAACUAACAGCAGUGUCCCGUCGUCCCCCUGUCCCUGUCUCUCCCGUCGUCCCCCUGUCCCUGUCUCUCAUGGUCUCCUGUCUGUCUCCUCUCUAAACUAACAGCAGUGUCCCGUCGUCCCCCUGUCCCUGUCUCUCCUGUCGUCCCCCUGUCCCUGUCUCUCAUGGUCUCCUGUCUGUCUCCUCGCUAAACUAAGUGAUGUUUUGAAAGCUAGAUUGAAAUAAAUUACUGUGUUACUAUUGAUGUAGUUUUGUGAUGACAUCAUAAUGUUAAAUAAAAAAAAAAGAUCUAAAUUA